GAUACUCGGAGACAUUGAUAAUUAUACAUUAUGCUGCCUAUUCCUCUGUUAAUAGCGCCAUUGUAGCCUGGCUCCUUCAUUAGUGCUUAUUUUCAAGACUGGGAUAAUCGUCCCGACUUGCUGGAACAUCAACAGUGAUUGGACAAUGGCUGUUUAAGCAGCAUUUCUAGAUAAUGAUUAUCAAAGGAUCACGGCGGCUGUAUAUAGAAUGACUCACUUGGAAUCCUUCUGGGGAACGGGUUAUCUGAUUCGGAUGGAUUGGAUAUCCGACUGUCUGUUCUGAUGUAUAUAAUCGUGGUUUGGGAGUGAUAUUCGAGAACAAAAGUUCAAUUCAUUCAUCUUACACUUACAUCUGAUUCUUCCACGCUAAUAUCAAUCAUCAACAAAAUGAGCGAAUACAACACACCAGAAGCCGUCCUCAACCUGGCCAACAUUGACCCAGAGUUUGAACAGUUCCUCAAACAAAACCCCCCUCCAGCCGGCUCCAACUCCAUAGAAGCCCUCCGAAAAGGCUUCCAAAUCUUGGACAAAGCCAACUACGACGCCAGCCCUACAUACGGAACGAAAGAGUCCACGCUGACCAUCCGCAUGCGCGACGGCCACGAGAACGAACUCCGCAUCGUCAAACCACCCACUGCCCCAGCAGAGGGCAGCCCACUGGUGACUCUCAUCUUCGGCGGUGCGUUCUCUGCAGGGUCGAAUAUGCAACUGAUCCCUGUUGCGCGGAUGGUUGCCGCCCUGUACGGCGCGACGGCUGUCGCCCUUUCAUACAGAUUAUCUCCGGAGCAUAAAUUCCCUACUGCCCCAGACGACGUCUGGGAUGGGCUGAACUGGCUCGCGGAGAACGCCUCAGCACUCGGUGCGGAUCUGUCCAAGGGGUGGGUGGUUGGUGGUAUAUCCGCAGGAGCGAACUUAUCCGCCGUCUCAGCCCAGCGAGCCUUAACGCAGAAGCUCUCAUCCCCCAUCACCGGUCUCUCCCUCUGCAUCCCCCUCACCAUCACUCCCGAAAGCGUGCCCUCGAAAUACAAACACCUCUGGCUCUCGCGCGACCAAAACGCCAACGCCCCCUCCUUCGGCGCGCAGCAAAUCUCCAACCUCGGAAACUGGUACUCUCCAGACCAUACAUCCGAGCUAUACUCGCCUUUCCACUCCGGUGCAUCGUUUGCGGAUCUUCCGCCCGCACAUGUACAAGUUGCGGGUAUGGACCCGUUACGCGACGAUGGGCUGAUUUAUGAGCGGGCGUUGAGGGAGAAUGGGGUGAGGACGAGGUUGGAUGUUUACCCGGGUGUGCCGCAUGGUCAUUAUCUGUUUUUCCCUGGGUUGAAGCAGUCGGUUAAGUGUAAGGUCGAUAUGAUUGUGGGGUAUGGGUGGUUGCUUGGGAGGGAGGUGGAGAGGGAGAGGGUUGAGAGUAUGUUUGGAUUGUAGUGUAUACUGUUUAUAUAAUAAGUGAGAUUGAAUUGAAUGCAAGACAGUCUUUGAAAUGCCAUAGCCUAAUGCACUGGCACUCCAUUUGUCCAGAUCAGACAGACAAGAAUAGAAUAUCCCCGAU